AAGUGAUCACUAUAUGACAAUUGUGUGAUCUUCUUUCUCUGAAAACGCUUCCUGUGACAGCUUUAACUUUAACGUGACAUCAUUCAAUGCAGACAGUUCCAGUUUGACACCUCAGAGCAACACAGGUUGGAUUAUUGUCUUCUUCAGUAUGAACAACAGCAGUGACUCUGGGAUCUGCCUGCCCUCUGCUGAGCACAUGUCCAUCCCUGUGCUCAUGUGCCUGGUCUUCUUCAUGGGUUUCCUCCUUAACAUCUUCAGUCUGUGGGUCUUCUGCUGCCGUAUGUCAUCAUGGAGCGCUGGGACCAUCCUCCAGUUCUGCCUGGCUCUGAGCGACGCCCUGGGUGCUCCUGUCACUCCACUCAUAGCUGUUUACUUUGCCAUGGGUAACAAAUGGCUGUUUGGAAAGGUGCUGUGCACUGUCACUAUUGCUCUCCUGAGCUCCCAGUUCUACGGCAGCACUAUUUUCCUCACUCUGAUCAGCUUUCACAGGUAUAAAGCCGUGGUGCACUUCAACAAGAGCUCCAGAAUGAAAGACAAAAGCUUCAUCAAGAAGCUGUGUGCUGGAGUGUGGCUCUUCCUGAUAGCACACUCUCUGGUUUAUGGAUUUGGUGUUCCCUCCACUAAAGUGGGAGAAGUUACACAAUGUCACAGCUUCAGCCAGGUGUCUCUGACCAACUCUUUCUUCAUCAUCGGUUGUGCUCUUGUCUCAGUUGGCUUCCUGCUUCCUCUCAGUAUCUCUGCCAUGUGUUAUUUCCGAGUCAAAAACGCUCUCACUUGUCUAAACAACAUCACAGCCAAAAGUCUCAAAGUCAAACUCAAAUCCCAGAGAAUGAUCCGAAUGUGCCUCAUCAUAUUCAUCGUCUGCUUCCUGCCUAUGAAUGUUAUCCGCACUACAGUAAUGGUUAUGGUAAAGUUUUAUCACGUGCACUGCUAUGUGAUCCAUCAGUUACAGACUGCGUACUAUGCCUCAUGGAUUAUAGCUGGACUGAACUGCUUCCUGGACCCUCUGCUCUACUGUUUUGGGUCACAGAACUUUAGAGAUGCAUUUCCUUCUAUCCGCAUCAAGCCAGCAGAGCCUCAACAAAGUGAUACACAAAUGAGCACGAAUCUCAUGUAGACACAAAAUAACUGCAGUGUGAACCAUUCCUGGAAAUCGUUGAUUUAACAUUAUAUACAUAGUUUGUAUAACGAAAUGGACUAAGGGAGUGUGAUGACACCCUUAGCAUUCAGCUCCAGCCAAAUGUAGCCAAUCGAGGCUAUGGCUUUCAAUUAUAAUGACUAAUGUAACUCAACAGUGACCGUCUGUCCCACAGAGCCCAUUUUACUCCUAAGGUUUUCAUCUCAACAGUAGAAGGUCUUGUUUCCCUGGGAAAGAGCUUGUGGCUUUUGAACUGCACUGGAUUUUGGUCUUGUUCUUGACCCUACACAGUUCCAAGUUUAACUCCAGAUGCAUCUGUCUGCACAAUGAAAGGACGAGAGAAAUCUGGACACUGCAGCCCAGGCUCAUUGUGCAGUUUUUAAGGUCAUAAAAUGCAGCUUCACACGGGGUCAAGGAUCCAUUUGACUUUGUUACGACUAGAUUUUCCUUUUUAUUUUGUGGUCUGGGGCCCAAAGACAUGGUCCAGAAGCAAUACAGCACACUCAGGACUCUGAAGUUAAGUCCUUACAAGUUUAAGUUAAUAGAACUUGCCUUAUUGCCUCUGCCUUUGCAUAAAGAAAAAUUUAGCAUUACCAAAGCAUUCAGUUAACUCCUCUAACUCUGGCCAUUGCUGGAUAUGCAUUAUAGACAGAAACUGUAGUUAGCUUUGAAAAAAUUAACACAGAAUCUUUGACAGGGGUCUUUGAGACUAAAACAAGAGGAGUGCCCCACUCACCUUUUGAUGGUUUAAUGACUCCAAGAGCCAGCAUGUCCUCCAUCUCCUACUUCACAACAGGCAUCAGCUUAGAUGGGAUCAUGGAGUUAGUGUCUGUGACGUGUUGCUGAUGGGGAACCCAGACUCAGAUGUCAGAACAUUUGAAUGAGGCAGAUGCAAUAUUCUCUCACGUGGUCCUACAAUGUCCAUCGCAAUGUAUGAGUGUCUACGACUGGCACUGAAAUGAGAGGUGCCUGAUCAAACCUUUUACUUGGAGCAGGAAGCUGGCAUUGUAGACAGGAUUUGAAAUACUGGACUGUGUCAGAUGCCAACAGAUGUGGCCAGAAAAAACAGGGCACCAUUUUAUAAAAUGUCUUAAACUGUCCUAAAUGACCUAAUGAGGGAGACAUGUUGAAUAUUGGGUUUCAGAGACUGUCACAAUAUUCUAUACAGGCGUCUAUUGAAACUACUGUAAGUUUUUUCCCUUCCUUUAUUGAAUACAAAAAUUUGAAUUAAAACAACUGUUUUUCAAAUACAAAAUAAAAAUUCCAUGGCCAUAUGACUGUUGGAAAAUUGUUCUAACCCCCUCCACCUCCACUUUCAUCCAAAAGGGAAGUUUGUACAGGGCCCAAGUUUGUCAAUUAUGUGGUUAUUUUGGACCUUGUAUGGUUAGGGUUCAACAUGUGUGGAUUUUGCUUUUGGAUAUUUCUUAUCAACAGACCAUACAAUCUUGAAAUCCUUAGUUUCAUGUGGAAAGAGACAUUACCAUAAAAUAUGACUAGACAUGCGCAUUUAGAUUUUAGUUUUAAAGCAGAUUUCAACAUAAAAAUCUCCUCCAUGUCUAUUUUGAAAUGUAAACCUAUAUUCAUACAUAUAGUUUAAUAUUUUGUUAAUGUCUAUUCUGUGUUCACAAUGAAUCCAAAAGUGUUUCUUAAUGUUUGAUAUAUUUUUUAAGGUUGGAGCCAAUUUGGUUCAUCUUGUAUUAUAAUAGUGAGUAUAGUGAGUAUUCCAGAAGACAGUGCCCCUGCUUUACUUUGAUUUCAGAGACAAUGUGCCCCACUGAACACUGUUUGGUCCAACUGCAUUUUCUUUACUGUUACACUUGCAUUACUGUAAUGGAUCUGUUGAUAUUAUUUGGUUUGUGUGACAUUUUGGCAGUGUCAUUUUUGAAAUACUUGUAAAUAAAUCAUUUUAAAAUACU